AAGUAUCGUAUCAUGGACAUGCGCAGUCGAACGCGAGAGCUGGGAGCGCCAAAUUAACCGGGAUGCUAAGGGGAGGGAGGAGCCCCCCUGCGAGUCCGCAGCAGUUUAAAUUAAUGUCAGCCUGCCUGCUCGCAAGGAGAACAAACACUGCACUGAUAGUGAAAGUACACGCUCGGCGCAACCUGCUGCAAGCCGCUGGCUAAACUUUACCAUGACUCGGCGGCCGAAAAACAGUGUUUACAGUAGCGAGGAAGAUGAAGAGGAGACAGAUGUGUACGAACAUGACUAUGACGGGACUCUUGCCAAAGUAGGAAAACGCCACCUUGGAAAAACGCGCUGGACUCGUGAAGAGGAUGAGAAGCUGAAGAAACUGGUUGAACUUCACGGAUCAGAAGAUUGGAAACUAAUUGCGAGUCUAUUAACUAAUCGUACAGAUGUGCAGUGCCAACACCGGUGGCAGAAGGUUCUCAACCCAGAACUCAUUAAAGGGCCCUGGACCAAAGAAGAGGACCAGAGGGUGAUCGAGCUGGUCCAGAAGUACGGAGCCAAGCGCUGGUCAGUGAUCGCCAAGCACCUGAAGGGACGCAUCGGCAAGCAGUGCCGCGAGCGCUGGCACAACCACCUGAACCCAGAAGUCAAGAAGACCUCGUGGACCGAGGAGGAGGACAGGAUCAUCUACCAGGCACACGAGAAGCUGGGAAAUCGUUGGGCAGAAAUCGCCAAGCUACUCCCUGGCAGGACUGACAACGCCAUAAAGAACCACUGGAACUCCACCAUGAGGCGAAAGGUUGAACAAGAGGGUUACCUUCAGAGCACGUCGAAGACCAGCAGCUCCUCACUGUCCAUGAACCACGGCUACAUCAAGACUACCAAUCACGUCAUGAGCUUCCCCCACCACUCACCGAGCCACGCACAGCUGCCUCCUGUGACCUACAACUACAUAUCUGAAACACACAGACUGCCCUUCCCAAUGGCUGUGCAUUUAAAUAUCCUGAACAUUCCUCAGCACGGGACUGCUGCUAUACAAAGACACUAUGGUGACGAUGACCCUGAGAAAGAGCAGAGAGUGAAAGAGAUCGAACGGCUGCUCAUGGCGACAGAGAACGAACUGCAGAUCCAGCCAUCACUAUCAAUGAAUCUGAGCUUUCCGGCUUGGGCAACCCAGAGCUCUUUGAUCAGCAGCUCGGAUGGUGCUGCAGCGUCUUUGUCUCACCUCCAGACUGCCGCACCGGCGCUGCCUCUCGACCAAAGCUGCCUACCUGAAGAAAGCGCCUCAGCAACACGAGCCAGCAUCACCAGCAGCAGCCAUCGCAGCAGCCCGACAUUCACAAACAUAUUCCCAGACUUCAUGGAAUCUGUCAUUGAUUCUAACCUCCCCUUAGAGGGCGAGGCCGUCACCAGUCGUUUCUUGGAUAGGAGUGUUCUGAAAACAGGCAGGCUCACCUGCUCAACUCCAAAGUCCUCACCAGUCAGAACUCUGCCCUUUUCUCCCUCGCAGUUUCUCAGCCAAUCUAUGAGUCCAGAACACUCCAUUGACACUCUACAAAUGAGCAUGCCGGUGGACACCAAGCCUCUUAUCGACCACUCCCUCCGACCUCAGAAAGAGAAUGAAAUGUUCCGAACUCCAAACAUCCGUCGAUCGCUCAUGGAGUCGAGCCCUCGUACACCCACUCCUUUCAGAUCAACUUUGGGCCUUCAUGGGUCUCUCAAACUACAUAGUACUACUUUGGAGCAGCAGAUGGUUGAGUCUAUCAAGCAGGAACCGAUGGAGUGUGCCAUUGAGCAACCUCCUCUAAAGAAGAUAAAACAAGAGGUGGAGUCCCCGUGCGAAAGGAGUCCCUGUAUGCAGUGGGAGGGACAAGAACUCAACACACAGCUCUUCUCCCCCAACGCUUCCGCACAGGAAGUACCUUUAAGUCCACAUGACCUACUUACCAGCUCAUUACUAAGUGAGGAUGGACACAAACCCUACCACCUCCCUCGCAGAGGCAUAAACAGCCCACUACAGCAGCAGCAGCUCAGUUCUUGGGAACAAGCGACCUGCGGGAAGACAGAGGAACACAUUCUGGCCUCUGAGCAGAACCACAAGUACAUCAACACUUACCCCACGAGGACACUGGUGAUGUAGACAUUUGAGAGAGGGACAAAAUAAACAGUCGGAGGGGGGCGGGGGCGCUGAUCUGGAAACGUCAACACUCCCUGCGCUGGACUCAGCGUCGCAGGUUUUUUAAAAUAUUUGUUGUGGUACAACAGUUGGGAGAGGCUUUUACGCCAUCGGUGUUUUUACACUCAAACUUGUUGGAUUUCAACCAACCAAAGACUAAACACGUGCUUUUUCUUUUUUUUUUAUCUUUAAGUUGAAUUUGAGUUUCAUUCAUAUAUAUGUGUAUAUAUAUAUAUAUAUGUAUGUAUAUAUAUAUAUAUAUAUAUAAAUGUCCAUCCUUCCAUGUUUGCUCUGUUUUUUUUUUGUUACUGUUGUAUUAUAAAUGGGAAAAGGUGACUAUAUUUGCGUUGGGCUGUAUUGUUGGUUCCGAAUUUUGAUAUUAAUAUAAAGAACAAGUUAAUUUAUUUGUUUGUUUGUUCCUGUUUGUUUUUUAUUUUUGUUCUGGAUUAUGAAUAUGUAAUUGUUUUACAAUCCACCAAUUGAGCAGUGUUGUAAUUUUAAGUAUUUAAGCCCUGUUAGCAUUAUCAUAUAUCCAAAGGCAUAAUACGGAUUUCCAAACUGACCUCUGAAUUUUAUUCAUUGAAAUAUUUCACUUUUUUUUUCUAAAGGGUGUAUUGGUCAGCUGGAAAUUUCAGGUGUUUGGUCAUAUAAACACUUAAUAAGAACUGCUACGUCUGUUCUUAUAUCAUGGUUCAAAUCUGGCCAACUUUAGUAUUAACUGGUUACCACAUUGUGAUCUUUACGUCACAGCAAAUUAAGUUUUCAUUUCAAAUUUUCGACGCAUUUCUGGCUUUUACAUUUGGGACAAAUGUAUGGAAAAAUGAAUAUCUUUAUGGAAAGAGACAAAGAGAGACUACACUAUGCAUUUCACAAUCUGAAAUGAGCUUCACCGAGUAAGAGUAAAAACCAAGCUGCUCUUGACUUUCUGUAAAACGAAAGAAUAAAACACUGAUGUUUUUAUAUCCUACUACAAACAAAAGCCCUCUAGAAACUUUUGUAUCAGUUAAAAAUAAAACUCUUAAUAGUUUUGUAUUGUUUUUGUAAAGUGUACUUCAUCAGCAUUUUGUUUUCAUACAGAGAUUAAAGUAGCCAUUGUCAAACACUUAACAGACAUUUUUUAUACUCUUAUGCCUUUUUUGAUACUAGCUUCGGACUUUUAAAAAAAAAAGCAUUUAUACAUGCCAAGUUUUCAUGUUUUUAUACUUUUGUAUACUGCCAAGCCAAUAAAGUGUGCUGUUUUUAUGAAA